UCGGCAGUCGUCGGCGAUCUGCCCACCGAGCGGGUGUGUCCGUAUUCGUGUAAAACUAUUCUUUCAUAAAUGUCAAAUGGAAUGAUAUCGAGAAAAAAACAGUGACAUGUGCUCUGUAAUAACCUAACCAUAAAUGACAAAGUUAUAUUUAAAGUGUUCGUUGGUGUAUAUUCGAGUAAUAACGUUAAAAACCACCUGAUUUUGUGUAGCGAAAUUUAUAGACCCGGUUCCGUUCACGAUUGUGUUUCGCUAGCUUCUAAAACAUUUCAAGUCGCUUGAGACUGACUGCCUUUUCAUUCAUUUCUGUGAUUAGAAACUUGAGGGGGUUGGCUCUGGUUUAAAAAUAAAGAUGGUGUGAGCCAAAAUGGACCGCGUAAGUGGAGUCUGUAGGUUUGGUGGGGUGGUAUCAGCGGUCAGAACCAGGACUGGUCGAAGUAGACGCCGCUUGACAGGUCAAAAUCAAGUACCUGAAGAUAUGCCAGAUCCUCCACGACGCGGCCUCGGUGCCGUCAUCAUAUUAGCCUGCGUGCUUGUUUACCAUAACUGCUUAUACUGCGGAUUCGUCUUUGAUGAUAUUAGUGCCAUAAAAGAGAACAGAGACCUGAGACCGCAGACACCCAUUUCUAAUAUUUUCCUGAACGACUUCUGGGGAACUCCUAUACAUAAGGAGCAGUCCCACAAGUCGUAUCGCCCACUGACGGUCCUGACCUUCAGGUGGAAUUAUGCCGUUCACGGACUACAGCCAGCGGGUUAUCAUCUAGUCAAUCUUCUCCUACAUGCCCUGGUAUCUUUAUUGUACUACAGGGUGUGCGCGAUGUUCCUACCGGAGUUCGCAAGUUUCGUCGCCGCCAUCUUGUUCGCCGUGCAUCCGAUUCACACCGAAGCGGUUACGGGUGUAGUGGGAAGAGCCGAGAUGUUGUCAUCGCUUUUUUUCCUCGGAGCGCUCCUUUGUUAUGCCAAAGCUGCUAAUAGGCGAAGAAAUACAGAUUGGCGCUACGUGGCUGCGUGCACUGCAUGCGUGGGCAUCGCAAUGCUAUGCAAGGAACAAGGCAUUACUGUUACCGGAGUGUGCGUGGUGUAUGAACUGUUAGUCGCACAAAAGCGUCGAAGCGCCACCGGCGAAAGCCGCUGGUCGUGGAUGGACGCCUGGGGUAAAGGCUCCGGUUGGGGCUGCGCUUGUGGCGAAGCUGCAAGAAGGGUCGCCACAGUUUGUUGCGCUACGUUAGCGUUGCUGGCCGCGAGGUUACACGUUAUGGGCGCGCAGCUACCAGUGUUCACCAGAUUCGACAACCCGGCCGGAGCGGCACCUGGUCCGACUAGACACUUGACCUUCGCCUAUUUACCGGCGUUGAAUGCUUGGCUCUUAGCAUUACCCGAAGCCUUAUGCUGCGACUGGACCAUGGGCACCGUAGCUCUGGUGAAAUCGUGGCGAGAUCCUCGGAACCUCGCCACGUUGGCGUUAGCUGCAGUUCUCGUUGCCGCGGCAAUUCAUGCCUUGCGCACGAGAUGUUCCGCCUUAUCCAUGGGUCUGGCUUUGCUAGUCUUACCUUUCUUGCCAGCAUCUAACCUUUUCUUUCCCGUGGGUUUCGUGGUGGCCGAACGAGUUCUUUAUAUGCCUUCGAUGGGUUGGUGCUUGUUGGUCGCACACGGAUGGAGAAUAGUCGCGCAGAGCCGAGCCAAACUGGCUGCGGCCGCUCUCAUAUUUCUCCUUCUGGCGUUCAGUGCCAAAACGUACAUGAGAAACUGGGAUUGGAAGACUGAAUAUUCCAUCUUCGCCUCCGGAUUAAAGGUAAAUCGGUUUAAUGCCAAAUUAUACAACAACGUUGGACACGCUUUGGAAGCCGAAGGUAAAUAUUCCGAAGCGUUGGACUUCUUCAACACCGCAGUGAGCGUACAACCCGAUGACGUGGGAGCCCAUAUCAACGUGGGCCGAACUUACAACCAUUUAGGCAGAUACCAGGAAGCGGAAGACGCCUACGUGAAAGCGAAGUCGUUGCUACCGAAAGCGAAACCCGGUGAAUCGUACCAAGCCAGGAUAGCGCCCAACCAUUUGAACGUCUUCCUCAAUCUGGCCAACUUAAUAUCUAAGAACGCAACGAGGCUGGAGGAGGCGGACAUGCUGUACCGACAAGCGAUCAGCAUGAGGGCCGAUUACACUCAAGCUUAUAUAAAUCGGGGGGAUAUUCUGAUCAAAUUGAACAGGACAAAGGAAGCGCAGGAGGUUUACGAACGCGCCUUAUUAUACGACAGCGGCAAUCCGGACAUUUACUAUAAUUUGGGAGUUGUCCUUCUAGAACAAGGGAAGGCGUCCCAAGCUCUCGCUUACUUGGACAAGGCAUUAGAACUUGAACCGGAACACGAGCAGGCUCUGUUGAAUUCCGCUAUACUCCUGCAAGAAUUGGGAGCUGCUGAUCUACGGCAUCUCGCCAGGCAGCGACUGCUGAAACUACUCGAUAAGGACGCUACCAACGAACGCGUGCACUUCAAUUUGGGCAUGGUGUGUAUGGACGAGGGCGACGCGGAGUGCGCCGAGCGCUGGUUCCGGGCGGCCGUUCACCUCAAGCCCGACUUCCGGUCGGCGCUAUUCAACCUGGCGCUGCUCCUCGCGGACCGCCGCCGCCCCUUGGAGGCCGCCCCGUUCUUGAAACAGCUCGUCCGACACCACCCGGACCACGUGAAGGCGCUCGUGCUGCUCGGCGACAUUUACAUCAAUUCCGUGAAGGACUUGGACGCGGCCGAGAGCUGCUACCGCCGCAUACUGGAGUUAGAGCCGGACAACGUGCAGGCCUUGCACAACUUGUGCGUGGUGGCCGUCGAGCGCGGGAAGCUGGCGGUUGCCGAGGAGUGCCUCACCAGGGCGGCAGCGCUCGCUCCUCACGAACACUACAUACAGCGACAUCUCGCGGUUGUGAAAGCGAGACGGGCAGCUAACACUUCUGUCCCCUCGAAGUCAGAACCGCCCGCACCCACCGCCACCACUGAGGUGCGAGCGAGAUGGAACUACAUCCCGCAGCAACCCCCCGAUCCACACGAGACUGACGCGUCAUAGCGAUAUGUUGAUUUAACUGUGUAAAAUGUAAAUAGCGUUAACGUGUUUUAAGGCAACGUUACGCGUCGAGUCGCGUUCGGUAACAACUUGGAAAUUUUAUAAUGGUCAUUGAAAUAACUUAAAAUAGACUAUCCUCUAGGAAUUGUCAAUGAGUGUAAUGUUGCCAUAAAAUGCGAAUGUAUAUUAGAAAAAAAAAAUCCACAAACACCAAGUACUUACCGGCCAAAAGGCCAAUGUAACCUGCCCGAUAAAUUUUCUUCUUAGUCGCAAUUUUGAUAAUCAUCAGGGUAACUCCAGCUUAACUCAUCUCUAACUCUGUGUUUCCUGUAUGCUACAGUCUAUUUUUUAUAUCUUAACAUCUGUAUUGUGCUCGGUUUAAUAUCAAAUAAAUCAAAUCUCAAUUACGUUUUAUUUCCAUAGACUAAGUUAAUGUGCAUUUAAAAGUAGAUGUUUCAUUAGGGCGUUUAAACGUUAACGCGACUAAGUAUGUUUUUUCUUUAUCUAUUUUUGUAUUAUAAUUAUGAUUGGAUAUGCUAUAAUACGUAGAAUGUGUUUAUGCGAGCUUUCGUCACUAGCCUGGUUGGUAUACGGAUAUAUUGAGAAUUACUUGUACAUUAAAUUAACAUACCUACAUUUAUAGGAGAGAAGCGAAAACUGAAGUGAAUCUAGUCACAAUGCAAUCGACUUUAUAUUUUAUUUCGGUGUUAUUUUGUCAAUCGUGAUUAAAUCUAAAAUUUAUUUACUACAUUUUCACCAAAAAAAAAAAAAAAAUGAAAUAUUAUUUUUAUACUGGCAACACUGUCUAUAAUCCAUGUUUUUUAUAAGUUAAAGACAGCGGCGUUACUAUGCCCCCAAUUUUUGUUCAAACAUUUUUUUAUAAAUAAAUGAGCAGUAAAACUAUAGAAAGUAAAUAUAUAAUGAAAAAAAAAUGAACAACGCAUUGUUCUAAAUGCCCCAUGCUUUGAUUAGACGUUGGGAGUAGCGUUAGUACCCAAGAAAUAGACCUGCCCACCAACUUGUAAAAAUUAUGUAUUUAAAAAUGAUUUUCAUUCAGCUGCCUACGUUACCAUGUUGGGUAAUCUAUAUGAUAGCCUAUUUGCCAUUCAUGUGCUAGUCGUGGACGUAUAUUGAUCCAUAUUUUCAAAAAAAGUUCUCAAACUUUCUGCUCUAACAAGGCAACUGAAUGUAAAAUUUAAAUUCUACUUUGGACUUUGUACGUCAGUUCUAACUCCUUCUACGUUGUCUAUAUAUAUAUAUAUACAUAUAUAUAUUUAUUUAUUCGACAAUCUAAUAAAUAUUUUCAUAUUAACUACAGUUGUAUUUAAAUAAAUAUAUAAAAAAAAAAAAAACGAAAGUGAUGAACCGUUGUUAGAAUUAGAUGUGAAAAUGUAACGUUGUUAAUGUUUUAAGAUAAAUAACGUAACUUUUGUAAAAACUGAAUUUUUUACAAUGUCUUGAAACAUUUCCGGUGUGAACUCUAGCGGGAGUUGGUGAAUUCGUAAGGACCCCGAAUAUUAUAAACUAUUUGUCGUCAAAACGUUUAUUUUUAUAAAAUAAAAGAUGUUUCAAACUA